GUUGUAUUAAUGCUCGAGAGUGUCAGGGUGGGACAAGAAUGAGGUGCCGCGCUACUUUUACUUAGGUGAAUUGCAUUUUUCAAACCUUGGAAGCCUCAUCCGUUUACUCUUGGCCAUGGCAGUGACGGUGCGCUGGAGCAAAGUGAAGGUGAACGAAAACCGACAACAGCACAACAGCACAACAGCACAGCAACCAAGUCAAGUCAUACGACGAUCCGAUAGACAUAGACAUACAUAGUCUACUAGCUAGCACCCCGCGGAUCAGCGACAAUACCGCAGCUAGAGUAGCGAGAACAUCGGCAGUUCAAGUCAGUUGAGAAGAGAGGAGAAGAGAGGAAUGUAAAAAACAGACGCAGCAAUUCACUCACAAAAAGAAAAAUCAGAACAAGAAAAUCAGAACAAAAUCAGAAAAUCAAAAUGACUGCCUUACAUCAUCAUCAUGUCCUAGUCCGAGCACUACUGCUACUGCUGCUAGUAUGUUCUAUUAAUAUCAGUGUGGUAAAUGGCUUUGACUUUGUCUUGUCGCCAGCCAUGAAUUUGGGUUCCGACUACCAGAUUCGUUUGGUAGAUGUCACUACCAAUGUACAGGAUAUUCCAACGCUGUUCCAAAUGGCCAAUGCGUCGGUUCACAUGGAUGGACUCCAGUGGCAGAGUGGUCUAUCUUAUAACACGGAUGAAGACGAUCGUCAAACGGCGCGACUGAUUUCGCAAGUCUAUAUUCAAGAUGAAAUCGCCUUGACAUCGUCACUCGAUUUGAGUCCACCAGGUCUAGUACCACCUUCUACCGUCGAACUGGGAUAUCUACAAGUGGAACCCAUGGGACGCAUCAAUCUCACGGUAACACUCCAAGUCGUCUACGAUUCCUACAACAACUCUACUACAAAGAGUCAACAAACCAGUCCCAUCAUUUCCACACAACGCUACUACCAAGUCUACUGGCCCAUCCUCACCAUGGUCCCAGUACUGGUACUUGUGGGAUUCUCCUAUCUCACGGGAAAUGUCGAAAUUUCCAUUUCUACCGCCAACAUGGUCUCGGUCAUUAUUGCCCAAGGAGACUUUUUCAGAGGCAUGGAGCACCUUGUGUAUGUGGGAUUUCUAGGAGCGCUGACGCAUCAUUACAAUGGUGUAAUCAUGCUCCUCGUCUUUUUUCUGUCGGGAAUCAUGAGUUUGAUUGAAGUCACGGGAGGUGCCAAAGGAUGGGUUCGAUUGGCUGCACGAUUUAUUUCGACGACGCGAGUCGUUCAGUGUUUGACCUAUUUCAUGGCACUCGGCUACUUUUGGGACGAUGUGUUGUCCAUCCUCGUAGUGGGACAUUUAAUGCGACCCCUGCUCGAUGUCGCUCAUACAUCGCGACCAUUGGGUGCCAUGAUUCUCGAUGCUACCGCUGGAAACAUGGCCGGAAUUGUUCUCAUCUCCACCUGGCUCGUUUGGGAAAUUCCACUCUUACAACAAGAAUUGAGUCGCAUUGAUGCUCUCAACGAAUCCAGUGGCAAUGUCAUUCCCGCACUCCAAAUGACACCUUGGCAGGUUCUUCAAGAAUCACUCCGGUAUGCCUUUUAUCCCAUUCUCUAUGUCAUUCUCAUGCCAUUACUACUUUGGAGUCAACGACACAUGGGACAAAUACUCAUGUACGAACGAAUCACACAAGUCUAUCAGUCCAAAAAGGGAGGCCCCAAGGAUAUUCGAGGACCUUGUCAACCCAACAUGACACCCCCCAAAGGAGUACCCUGUCGAUUCUGGAAUGCACUCUUUCCCUUCUCGAUGAUUACCAUAUUGUUUAUUGUAUUUUGGUUUCAAGCUGGACAACGGGGAGCUCAAGAACGAUUAGAAGUUGAUAUUCCCGAACAAGAAGAAUGGAUUGUGGCGGCAUAUGCGUAUGCGCUCACACCAAAGGCGUGGUUGCAGGGAAUUAGUAUGGGAGCCUUUUUCUUUGUCAUUUCCAUCAUGUUACAGUUUCAACAAGCUGGGAAUAUUCUCUUUUUGCCAGUCAGUCUCAGAUUGCUCUGGAGGCAACACAAACUUCGACAACAACAAGAAGAAAACAACAACAAUGCGUCCUCCAACAAACUAGUAGCAGCAUCCGAAGAAGAGGAAGAAGUAGACACGAAUAAUGAAAUACUCGUCAAUACGGCGACCAGCGCCGAUGAUGAAAUCAUCACCACAACAGACGGCAGCAGCAACAACAACAAACAACUCUUGAUUCUCCCGCCGGCCAAACCACUUCUGACACCCAUGGAUCUCAUUGCCAGUUUCUUUUUUGGAUUUGGACGCAUCAUGCCAUACAUGAUCCAAUUCAUACUCGCAUGGGCACUACGAACAUCUUUUACCGAAAUGGGACUCGAUCGAUGGUUUGCAUCCAUGCUCGGGGAUCAAUUGGAUACACUCCAAACCAGCUACAUUCCCAUUGCCGCAUUCAUGACGGCAUUUCUCAUGUCAUUGGCCACCGGAGGAGCUGCUCGAGGAGAAGUCGCAUCCAUCCUCCUUCCCAUGAUUGUCGUGCCCGUCUACGAACGAACCUACAAUUCUACCGAUGCCGACGAUAUGAUCUUUCAAGUCAUUGGAGCCGUCUUGUCGGGGUGCAUUGCCGGAGAUCAUGCCGCACCACUGUCCAAUACCACACUUCUCUCUUGUGUCGCCAGUGAUUGUCAUGUUUUGGUGCAUGUCAUUACGCAGAUACCGUAUGUGAUCGUCGUCUUGAUGUUGAGUCUCCUGCUCGGAACAGGACCCGUCGGAUAUGGAAUUUAUCCCGUCGGUGCUGGAUACUUUUUGGGUGUCGUCUGCUUGCUGUUCUUUGUCUUUUUCAUUUGUUAUCCCAUUUUGGAUCCCAGUGGACAGUGGGAUAUUUUUACACGAUUGUACAUUCGAUGUUGUGUCAAUCGACGACGCAACAGAAAGAACAAUCAAGGCAGCAACGAUGAAGAAGAUCCACUGAACGGCGGCGAGGACGACGACGACGACAGCAACUUUUGGGAAAUACUCCAGCGAGACACGAUUCGGGCGGCCAAUGCCAUUGCUCAUGGACUGCCCUACGAAACCGAAGAUUGCCGUCAUCUCAUGCAACCCAUUGACAGUGCCAUUACCAAAGACGACGAAAACGACAACGCAGGACGAACGAGCAGUAGUUGUGAAGAUGAUAGUGAUGUCGCGGGGGACGAGGAACCACCGCAACUUGAACAACAAGUGGUGGAAGAAACGGGAAUGCCGCCGCCACAACCAGCAGGCAGACAGCAGUCAAUCGAGGACCAUCGCAAUGCAGGAAGACCCGUUCGAAUCAUUGCAUCCGAUGCGAGAGGAGGUCCAGCUCCUGCAAUCACGACGGCCUUGCCUACAGCUACCAUGAGCUAGCCCUGCCUGUUGCAGCGGUGUGGGGUAGUGACUCCUCAUCAUUUGGCUAGCUAGCUAGCUAGUUAUGCGUAAAAUUAUAUAAAAAGAAACUUGAAUCAACUUG